AUGUCGCAAAAACAGUUCGAAACUUUAAAAGAAAAAGAUAUUCAACCGGGAGAUUAUGUUUCCACUCGAUUUAGAGGUGGAUCACGACAAGGUUAUGUUGAAGAAAUCGUUAAAAAUGAAGAACAAGCCAAGGAACAUCCUGAAGUGAUAAGACCACCUAAGGUUGUUUUCACUGAUCAGCAUGGACACAAGGUCGCGCAUAAUCCUACUACCUUGACAAACCAUGAAGAAAAGAGUGAAAGAGACAAAUUUCAAACAGAAGAAAC